CCACCGCACUGAAAAUAGCAAAAGAACGACAAAGAGACGACUUUGAUGCUUUGAACCGGUUCAUCAAUGGCGUGUUAGAACUGGGUUCAUUCGUCGGAGAUCGCUGGUCGCUCCUCCCGUUCUCCCCAUCUGGAUCGAUCCGUCGAUCGGCCGUCCAGAAAGGCAUUUGUAUACUGAGCUAUCUCAAGAAUGGCUAGUGGUUUUGGGGAAUCCUCGAGCAGGCCACCCCAAAGCCCUUCUUGCUCAAGCAACAAUAACAAUGAUGCUGGUAAUUUUGAAUGCAACAUCUGCUUGGACUUGGCUCAAGACCCUAUUGUGACUCUGUGUGGGCAUCUUUUCUGCUGGCCUUGCCUUUACGAAUGGCUCCGUGUUCAUUCCCAGGCACAAGAGUGCCCAGUUUGUAAAGCCCUUAUCGAGGAGGAGAAGUUGGUUCCGUUGUAUGGCCGUGGUAAAAGCUCUAGUGACCCGAGAUCAAGGUCUGUUCCAGGUGUUAACAUCCCUCACCGCCCAACAGGGCAGAGGCCUGAAACAGCUCCUCCUCCUCCUCCUCCUGAACCAAAUCUGUUUCACCAGCACGGUCUCGGGUUUAGGGGUGGCUUGGGUGGAUUUGGGCCCAUGGCAACUGCAAGAUUUGGGAACUUCACAUUGUCCGCGGCUUUUGGUGGUCUCUUCCCAUCAUCAUUGUUCAACUUCCAGCUCCAUGGGUUUCCUGAUGCCGCCAUGUAUGGUGCAUCCCCUGGAUUCCCAUUUGGAUAUCCCCAUACGUUUCACGGUGGCCAUCACCACGCACAUGUAUACCAUCAUCAUCCGAGAGGCCAAGGACAGCAAGAUGUUCACCUGAAGAUGUUGCUUCUGGUUAUUGCUGUCUGUGUGGCUUUUGCACUCUUUCUGAAUUAGAAGGAACGUGCAACUGAAUGCUCAAACUGCUAACCAAUUGCUAGGUUUCCCAUUUAUCUUGGAUGUAUAUGUUUCUAGUGCAUUGGGGUUUAAGUUGUCUUCUCGUCAAGGAAAUUGUCUAUAAAGCUAUAUCAGUGGUGUGGAAAACCUGUAUUUAGGAUUUUUGUAGUUUGGAUAAUAUCCAAUCCUGUGUUCUUUGAGUUGCUUUAUGGGAUUCAUUACCUGGUUUGAGACAUGAAAAAUGGAUCAGUAUGGCUCAGAGGAGGUACUCCGAGCACUUGAGCUUUC